AUAUUUUUAUUAUUUCUGGCACAUACUGAUUUCAGAUCCCGUUGUUUUUGAGAAUAAUUUUUUGCCAUUUUCUUUGUUGUUACUUAACGCGUUUUUUUUAUUUUCUCUAGCAUGGGUUAUUGUUUACUUAUCGCUUGGGGAAUGUAAACAAAACAAAUACAUAAGUUUGACAUAACAGCCAUCACGGCGAAAGAAAAAAAUUAAAUAAAAUUGGCUGAUCAGGUAACACCACCUUGAUAAAUUCGCCUUGUUAUCUUUGGAGUUCUGUUAGAUGCGACGGUUUUUUUUCACUGAUUUAAAAAAUUACGUUUGCGUUUGGGUGUUUGCCGUGUUUUACCUAUUCGACAAGUCAACCUAAAAUGCCACGACUGACGCAAAGUGGAGUUUGGUCUUAUUUUAAAUUAGAUGAGCAUGAUCGAGAGAAAUCCAAGUGUAAUAUAUGUAAUAAAAUAUAUUCUCGCAAGGGUCGUACAACCUCGUCUUUGACGAAUCAUUUGAAAUCAAUGCACCCGGAGCAGUUUAGUCUGGUUGAAAGCGAUGAUAACGAAAUUCAGUUGCAAAAAAAAAGAGAUGAAUCAGAUAAAAAUGACACUCCGUUGCAAAAAGCUAAAACACAACUAUCUUUGGAAGAUGCAUUUCAAAAAGAAAAAAAGUGGGACACUAACAAUACGAAUUCGAAGAAAAUUGACAAACUCAUUGGAGAAAUGAUUGCACUACAAAAUUUACCAUUUUAUUUUGUGAAGGGUGUAGGAUUUAGGAGAUUAAUGCAAGAAAUAGCGCCAAAAUGUAAGGAAUUGUAUGGAAAAGUUGCUGACAAAGUUCAAGAACUGAAUGAAAAAUUUGAUUCUAUGUCAUUUACUAGUGACAUUUGGACGGAUCCAAGCUCGAAUGCUUCUUAGCUUAGCCUGACUUGCCACGGAAUAUCGGAAAACUUCAGUUAUAUUGAAAUGUGAGAAUUUUGACGAUCGUCACACGGGGAUAUAAUAACCGAAAAGUAUGACAUAAUGCUCACUGAAUGGAAUAUCAGAAAAAACAAGUGCAUUGCAUAAUUCGUGACGAAGGCUCCAACAUGAAAAGAGCUAUGCGAUUAGCAGAAUUAAACGAUAUGGAUUGUACAGUCCACAAGAUGCAGCUUACUAUUCAACGCUGUUUACAGUCGCAAAAAAAUUUCAACUCAUUUUAACCAUUCCACGAUCGUUCGGAAAAAACUGCAAAAAAUUCAGGACCGACUGAAUCAACCGCACUCAACGUGUUCCAAGACUGCAACACGCGAUGGAACAGUUCCUUGUAUAUGUUCGAGCAAUUUUUAAAGAUAAAAGAUGAGUUGAGUCUUUACAUGACCGACAGUGACAUGGUCCCAAUUUUGCCAGAGGAGUGGAAGAUUAUGGAAUCUUGUGUUGAGCUAUUAAAAUCUUUUGAAGAAGCCAAACGGGAACUAAGAAGCUCUGAGACCCUCAUAUCAUCCGUGAUUCCAAUAAUUCAAAUGCUUAUAAAAAAACUGGGAGACUUUUUAGCCAAAUCACAAUAUUCUGUUCCGAUUCGGCUUCUACGACUUUGAAAACAGAAUUUUGUUCGAAAUUUUCAUCCCUGGAAAAUGAUAAUUUAUUUGCCAUAUCCACCUAUUUAGACCCCCGCACACAAUUUUUCAAACCAGUCACAGAAGAAAGAAUUAAAAAUGAAUUACAAAGUCUAAAGUCGAAAGACACUGAUGAACCUGUUAUUUCCCCGAAUUCUGAAACAGCCAAAAGAAUGAGAAUGAGAAAUUCUUUGGAAAAAGAUUUAGAAAACCCCGAAGCAUCUGGUUCGACUAGUAAGCGAUGUUUAAAGAGCGAUCUUGCCGACAUUAGCAGUUCCGAUGCAAUUCUCAAAAAGGAAUUAUCCUUGUACCGCAAUAAAAAAAAGAAUUAUUAUUACUGAAAGUCCCCUGAAAUAGUGGAGUGUCAAUCGAAACGAGUUUAAAAUAUUGUCAAGUUUCGCACGCAGAUAUAUG